AGACAACCAAUGUUUAAUAUUUAAAAGCUUUCAACUGUGAAUCUUAAAACGUGCAUUAUGAAUCGCCUUCUUAUGUCAUCAACAUUUCUUUUUACGAUUCUUUUGUGACCAAUCGACAAAAGGUAGUGGCUCAACAUGACGACCGUUUCAAUGACAACGCUUCUUUUGACAUCUUUUUCAAUUCUGACAUCAACUGAGGCACAGCCCGGAACAGUCUCAAUUUUGUCGCCUUUGACAAAUUCACCUAGCUGGAGGACUCCAACUCCCCCGUCACGUGGUCCUGCCAGUCCUCCGCUUAGUCAGAACUCACUGAUGACGCAGCGCUUAGCAACAGCCCGUAGAGAACGGACUACACAGACCAGAAGAUCGCCCACGUCGUCCUGGGAGGCGACAACACUCUCCACACAUGGAUUGUUCUCGAAAUCUACUUCACAAGCCGUGACAACAUUAUUGACUAGCGUGCAACAGUCUGGUUCUAUCAACACAACAAAAUUGAUAAGCUCAACAUCUCUGCCAGCGGUGAAAAGAGUUACCGUUCGGUUCCUGUCUCUUCAUGAAGACCAUCUCCUGACGACAGCAGGAGCCAUGACAACACGAGGUAACGUGACCAUUGAACACGUGACCUCCAAACCUGGAGGGUAUCUUGAGCCAGUUGUCAUGGUGUCUUCCAGCAGCGCAGUCAAUCUAGAAAACACUCUUCCUUGUGUAACGGAAGCCAGUCCAUGCACGACAGGUUUCAACCUACGUGUGACCUUUGAACUCAAUAAGGUGGGCGUCGACCCUGCCUUUAUUGUGUGGAGUGGCGAUGAUGUGUCUGACAUGGGGAACAUGACUCUGUACUAUCAUAACAACGACUUCGUGCUGCACUUUAAGUCUGCUGGCAUCACAUGGAAUGGCACUUUUAACGCCACGCUUGACCCCAACACAUGGCACACAGUAGAUGCAAGCUGGGACACACGAACACCGCCGAAAUUGUUUCUUGACAACCAGAGACUGAUGGGGACUGUCACCCACAGACCUGCCUCAUCUACCUCUGGUUCACAUCCGCUGUAUCUGGGACGCAUGCGCAGUGGUCCAGCUGAAAAUUCCACGACUUUGAAGGUGUACGCACUGGACUUGUGGACUACCUCACGGUCUGUGAUUAACAAAACAGAACUUCGUCUGCAAACCAUUGAAGAUGUUGUCCACGUCACACCAAUCUUGCUACAGAAAUCCGUGCAAGGAAAGACAGAUUGUUUACCUUCGGACGGUUUCUCAAAUAUCACUCACCUAAACCUCACCUUCCUAACUGCAAACAGAUCUGUGGUAUGGACGCCAUCCCUACACCUACCUGUCCACGGCUCUGCCAGGCUCAACGUCAGCACUGGUGUUCUCACUCUCAGGGGACCUAACUCCUUCGUGGAUAUUAACGCGAGUUGCGUCCCUUGCCUUACAGACCUGCGCGAGUGUCACCACGGUUUGAGUCUACAAAUGGACGUGCUGCUCUCGUCACUUCCUCUUCCCCCAGGAGCUCGAGUGCACCUGUUUGGCGGUCCAAACCUGGCCUCUGACGAAUCAGGAAUAAUUCUAAAAUACGAGAAAGACGCCUUUAAAGCAGAAGUGCGGCUGGGACGGUUUCUAUGGUUACUUAACGCGACGACGGUGUUGACAAAUAAGAGGACUUGUAGUCUUCGACUCUCUUGGUCGCCCGACGACAGCUUGCAACUGAGUGUGGACGGGAACCUUGUACAGGUCGGUCGGCAAGAGUUGUCGACUCUGCAUGCCGAGAAGCCGAGUGUGUUACGGAUGGGAUCAGGCAGUGGAGGGAGAUACAGCAAUCAAACAGUGGAGGUAUCUCACGUCAACAUAUGGACCGGGUCCACCGCCUACCUUCUGGAGCAAGGCUUGUGGACAGCAGACACGACCACAGCCGGCCAAGCUACUACAGCAUCCCUCGCUGCAGUCAUUCCCAGCUUCCGGUGGAUCUUCUCCAGUGCCAGCGGCCCGGUGUUGACAUCAGGAGGAAUGCGGGCAGAAGUGAAAGGUGGCCCGGAGUCGGGACCGCUCGGCUUUGACCUGGUGAACAGUGGGCAGUAUGUGCAGGUGGGGAAUCUCCGCCGGAACCUGACCUGCCUUGUGGUCACCGACACUUGUCACACCGGUGUCACGGUAGCGGUGGAGCUGAUGCCCCGUGCCCUCAGCGACGGGGCAGUGAUAUUCAGCAGUGGAGCUGAUACCAAUCAAGCGCAAGGGCUGGCUUUGAUCUACAGGUUUGGUGAGUUUCACGCCGUGGUCAGCACCAAGCAGCGGACAAUGUUCGUCUCUUUCAAGCGAGAUUUGCUUCCGUCUGACCAGGUGACGGAGGUCCACGUGGCAUUCCAGCUGCCGGACGUGCUGAGGGUGUACGUGAUGGGGGAGAUGGUGGGCCCAGCCAGCAGCCAGGCUGGUACAACUAGUACUGAAGGACUGCCUAGCGGAGGAGGAGCACUGUAUGUUGGGCGAAGCUCUGGUGUUGGUCCCGCAGGUCAACCUCCAGGAUAUACCCUUACAUCCGUCACGGUGUGGCUGGCGGGCCCAGAUGCACUUGAAAAGGUCGGCCUUCUUAGAACCGUCGUGUCAGUAGCUUCUACUUCUCCAACUCAUUCAUCUGUGGGUUCCCUGGCUGAACGCACGUCUUCUGUUGCCUCGGCUACUAGACCACAUCACCUGACUACGCUUGCGACACCUGCUUGCAGAACAGAUUGCGGUCCCAACAGAACAUGUGUUGCAGGUACCUGUGUGUGCGACUCGCUAGUGGCAGGCGAUUCCUGUAGCCCAGGUCACAACUACUCACGAACAGGUCACUCAACUACUCAGCUUUGCGACUUGCGUCACGAGAAUUGUGAUUACGUCAUCCUGCAAACAUCAGGCUACGACACUUCGCAAAAUGUCACGUGCUGUGCACUUUAUGUUAAUCACGUGAGCGACGCUUUUCAACCGACCUCGCCGAGCGUGGAGAGAGUGGCUGCGCUUUAUUCCAGUGGAGGUCACGUGCUCUGUCCAGUUCGAAACCACCUGAGCGCGUGGGUGUGGGGAGAGCAGCCCCAGGGGGCGGCCAGUGGCGACACAGUUCUCCACGUGGUGUAUGACUCCAUCUGCCACAUCUGUCACCUCCACGCUGACAGGGUCAACAUCACGUGCACCAGACGGCAGGACUCGUGUCUGGUGGACGGCCAGUGCUUCUUGCAGGGUCAGCAGCAGCCAGACAACGACUGUAACGUUUGUAGCCCGGACCUUAGCACUGAUAACUGGACCUCGACCUCAGGGAGGGACUGCAUGGAAAGUGAUGCGCAGAGGAACGACGACGGAGAUAACAGACGACAGUCGUCGCCCUUGGGACAGUGUGCGGUGUGCUGGUGUUCAUCACCACUGUGGCUGUUGUUAUUUACUUCCUGAUGAGAAGGAAGACAAACAAACAGUUGCUUACCAUUCAGGAGACUCUGGCGAAGAUGCGAACCCGUUCCUUUGCUACUGCUUUUUCCAGCCAUUCGUUCAUCAGCAAUGGAGAGUUCCC